CGACUGGCCGGACGGAUAAAUUGCCCUAUGAACUCACCAGCUCCGGCCUCGGCCGGGAAGAUCUGCUGGUUGCCGAAACUCCACUCGUUCAUGCCGACAGUUUAUAUACUGACGUGCUUCUCCGCAACGACAACUAUUCAACUCACAGAAGUCCAAGUGAACGAGGAGAGACCACCAUGCCUGUUCCCCGGUUGACUUCCAAUCUCAUUCGAUCAUCGAGGACACGGCUCUUCUCGUCCUCGGCUGUGAAGCAUUCUUAUGAGGAUACGGUACAGAACUUGAAGAUCGGAAAGCAUACCAGAGUCCUAUACCAGGGUUUCACUGGAAAAGUCGCGACUCAAAACGCAAAGGAAUCCAUUGAGUAUGGCACCAACAUUGUUGGCGGUGUGAAGCCUGGAGGAAGUGCAGAUCACUUGGGCUUGCCAGUUUUGUCCACUGUGAGAGAAGCGAAGGAGCAGUUAAAACCUGACGCUACUGCCAUCUAUGUUGCCGCCCCCCAUGCUGGUAAAGCAAUUGAGGAAGCCAUCGAAGCAGAGAUCCCAUUGAUCGUCGCGGUUGCUGAGCAUAUACCUCUCCAUGACAUUCUGCGGAUCAUGUCUAUCCUCAAAACACAAUCGAAAAGUAGGCUAGUCGGUGCCAAUGCGCCUGGCAUUAUCUCAGCCAUCGGGAAAUGCAGAAUUGGGUUUCAACCAUUACCGACAUUCUCUCCUGGCCACAUUGGCAUCGUAGCCAAAUCAGGAACUUUGAGUUACGAAACAGUAGCCUCGAUAACACGUGCUGGACUUGGCCAAAGUCUAUGUAUCGGUAUGGGUGGAGAUGUUGUCGCAGGCACGAAUUUCGUAGAUGCUCUGCGAGUCUUCGAGACAGAUGUUGACACCGAAGCUAUCGUUCUUGUUGGCGAAGUAGGUGGAAGUGCUGAGUUAGAAGCAGCAGAGUGGAUCAAGGAUUAUCAUCGCCGCGAGAAGAACCCAAAACCAAUCGCUGCUGUUGUCGGAGGUAGAAUGGCGCCGCCCGGGAGAGUGAUGGGACAUGCAGGUGCUUGGGCAGGUGUUGGCGAGGCCACUGCAGAGGAGAAGUACAAGAUCUUGCAGAACGCAGGCGUUACCAUGGUGGACCAUCCUGAGAAGUUCGGCAACGUUAUGAAGACUUUACUGAAGCAAGCUGGAAAGGAUGUAGGAAAAAUUCAACAAUCUGCCGCCGGCAACCAGCGCAGAAGCAUGCAUACUGCGAGGCGACUGCGACCAGCAGUGACCAAGGAACUCCCUAGAAUCAACACAAGUCAGCAGAGGAGCUUACAUCUUCGGAAUCAAAAGGCUGUCGAUCACCUCAGCAAGUCUCUGGAAAGCUUCACUAUCUCUGAAGAGACAUCAAAUGAUACAGACAGCGUAUACUUGAGCAUUUCUGUUGAUCGCUCGAGUCGCGAACCAUGCGUCAUCGCGUCCCCAUCUACGAAUCCUCGCAAGCUUCACCACCGUCUACGCCGCUUCCCCUACUCCUAUCUCAAGGGACCUGACCAAAAAACCAUUCAAGCGGCGAUCGAGCAUCUCCAACUCGACGCUGCGCCGCCAGCUGCCCAUGCUCAAACCGCAAAACUCAUCUCCCGUUUGGCAGAACUAUACCGUGAGCAAGAGGCCGUGAGUCUGGCCGUCAAUCUCUCAGUAUCGUCUUCAGGCUCCCUCCACCUCUCGCAACCUCAGUUGUUCUACGACGAUGCAGCCUUCAAGUCAAACAAAAGGCAUUCCGAACUUCACGCUCUCCGUGACGUGUCCCAAGAAUCUACCGUCGAAGUCGAAGCCGAAAAAUCAGGGAUUGUGUUCGUGAAAUUACAUCCUGAUGACGACAGCGCCAACAUCGGAACAUUGGUGAACGGAGCAGGACUCGCCAUGAACACAGUCGACGCACUUGCUCUACCACCUCAUAAUGGUAAAUGUGCCAACUUCCUCGACACCGGUGGUAAAGCAACCUCAGAGACCGUGAAGACCUCCUUCGAGUUGAUCCUCAGAGACCCUCGCGUCAAAGUGAUCUUCGUGAACAUCUUCGGUGGCCUUACUGAUUGUGGCAUGAUUGCGGAUGGAGUGAUCAUGGCUUUCGAGAAGGUAGAUAUGCAGGGCAAGCCAGUGGUUGUAAGGCUGAGAGGAACAAACGAAGAGGUGGGCCAAAAGAAGAUUGCUGAAAGUGGACUGCCCUUAGAAGCAUUUGAUGGGUUCCAUGAGGCUGCGCAGCGAGUCGUCGAGUUGACCCAAAGCACAUGAGUAUGCGACCGUCUCAUCCGACUCCGAGGAGUCAACAUUCUGGUUUCGUCAUCAGAAUUACAUACCCAGACUUCUGAGCCUACUAUAGAGGUCAACUCUCACAUUUGAGCGUGUUCG